AGCCUUCACAAUGUGGCCCCACUUUGGCAUACAUGCUCUCCUUGUAGUGAUUGUCACCUUCAGUCCUGUGCCUGCUGCAACGCAGAGCGAAAACGAUGUCACUGGAGAAGACCUCUAUCCCCCUCUGUGGGACCUGGCCCCUGGAAAUCUGCUGGAUUUCCCAGUAAAGGACAACAAAAUUGUCAUCAAUGCUUGGAACUAUCAAGAUCGACUAGGAGUGUAUAAGAGCUUGCUAAGUGCUUCAGCCAAAUAUUUUGAUGCCUUUGGACCCCAAAACAGUGGCAAUAUUCUCUGGGGAUUACCAUUGCAGCAUGGCUGGCAAUUUCGUACAGGUAGAUUAGCAGAUCAUUCUGGUGUGACUUCCUGUGGCUAUGAAAAUGGAGAGCCCCUGUGCCAAUCUGUAAGAAGCUGGUGGUCCUGUAUGAAUUACUAUCUGUCUAUUAUACCCUUUCUGGGGGCAGUGGAGGCUGGCCUCUUUGGGCAGCUGCCAUAUGAGAUAGAAAUAUUGCCACCAGAGGAGCAAAAAGAUGAUUUCUGUUACAGCGUUAAAGACUGCUGGUCUCGCAUGCCCAAGCUCAUGGAUGACUGGAAGGCCUUUUUUGAAUAUCUGUUAUCUACAGAACACAAAGCUGUGAGCUCUGCCAGCCUCUCCUCCUUCAAACUGGACGAUGCCCUUGGCCUCAUGUGGAAGGCACACACCUCCUCCAUUGCUUACGCACUCCCCAUGUUCCAUGACAGCUUAAAAUAUCUCUCUGAUCCAGAAGCAAAUUUUGGAGAAGACUGGGCUGAUGCUGUAGAUUUCAUUGCCGCCACACACUUCAAAACAGACUUGCUGACCACAAACAACUUCCAGGCUUUCCUGCCCCAGAGGAUGCUUGUUGAAGGGGAUGUUCUCCCAUCCAUUAGUGAUUUCAGUCCAGAGCAAAAUAAGGUUCUGGUGUCACUGAGAGUUCUUCACAAAGUAAAUAAAAUAACAGGAGGAUUGCUGCUGAAGGUCUGGCAGAAGGCUAUGUCCACCGAAGCAGGAAGAAGAAUAGGCCGAGAACUGAUUGAAGGCUUGCCUUCGAGCCCGAAGCUUGAACUACUUGACCUAAUAGAAAUUUAGAAUUAUUGGGAAGGUGAUGACUUGAAAAUUCCCUGUUCCUCAAGAAAGAGCAGUUCCAAGGUGGAUUGAUUUAAUCUUUUAGAGGACAUCUGCUAGUCUGGCCUUGGUAAUUUCUUACAGCAGGAUUUCCUGAGUAGCCAUGCAUGUCUCUCUCUCAUAUAGAAUCAAUGUUUUUAACCUUAUUUUUCCUAAUUAUCUCAUUUGUUUAACUCAAUUCCUUAUAAAUAAAAAAAAAAAAACUCACAGAAAAAUCUUACUUUACUACUUUUUGUGGCUUUAUGAAUAAUGUAUCAUAC